UCGAGCGGUUAGAAAUAAUAAUUAUAAAAAAAAAAGAAAAGAAAAGAAAAGCUCAGAACUAAUCGGUGAUUCAACGACGUGAAGUGUCUGUACACACACUUUCUCCUAUAUCUUCUUCUAAUCUGUAUUCUGUACAGAAUUUAAAGAUAGAGAAAAGGUGGAAAUGGCGAGCUCAGCUGAGAAGGAAACCUUGAGCGGUGCCAAAGAUGAAGUUGUUUCCUUGGAACUCCCUGCUCCUACUGGUUGGAAGAAGAAGUUCAUGCCCAAAAAAGGUGGGACUCCUAAAAAGAAUGAGAUCAUAUUCACUGCCCCAACAGGGGAGGAGAUCACUAACAGAAGACAGUUGGAACAGUACUUAAAAUCACACCCUGGCAGCCCAGCAAUAUCAGAGUUUGAUUGGGGAACAGGUGAGACCCCAAGGAGAUCGGCCAGGAUUAGUCAGAAGGCAAAGGCAACUACUCCACCAGAAAAUGAGCCCCCAAAGAAACGAAGCAGGACAUUUUCAGGUUCAAAGAAGGAUAACAAAGAAAAAGAAGUUGCUCCUGAAAAAACUGAGGCCAUGAAGGAAGAAGUUGCUCCUGAAAAAGUUGAGGCCAUGAAGGAAAAAGAAGUAGCUCCUGAAGAAACUGAGGCCAUGAAGGAAGAAGUUGCUGCAGAAAAAACUGAGUCCGUGAAGGAAAAAGAAGUAGCUCCUGAAGAAACUGAGGCCGUGAAGGAAACAGAAGUAGCUCCUGAAGAAACUGAGGCUGCAAAGGAUAACGGAGAAAAAGAAGUUGGCCCUGAAGAAUCUGAGGCGGUGAAAGAAGAUCCUAUGCAAGUAGAAGGAAAAUUUGAGAAGGAUAAUUCAGCUUCAAAUAUUGAGAAGGAUGUUCUGAAGGAAAACCAAGAGGAAAAUAAAGAUGCAACCCAAGAUACAGAUACUAAGGUUGAAGAUGCCCCUCCUGAAGAAAUUAAGGCAUCGCAAGAUGUUAAAAUGACUGAUGAUGCUGAAGAACACAAGACGAAUGCAGAAGCAGAACCAGAAAAUUCAAAAGAGAUCCAGGUUGUGGAAGUAGCUGAUGGUUCUGAAGUAACUCAAAAUGAUAAAGGGAAAAUGGAGAAUGUACAAGUUCAAGAGAACACGGAACAAAAACCAAUUGAGGAAGGCAGAGAUAAUGGUUCCGAGAAACAGGACAAACUGGAGACAGGUACUGAUGAGGAAAAGAAGUAUGAAGUUGAUGGAGAGGAGGAGAAAAACAAAAGUAGCGUCUUUGGAUCUAAGGGAGAAACUAAAGAGAAAGAAGUGGUAAACAUGAUCAAUUUGGAACAAAAUAACAUGAUGGACAAGGGAGAAGUGAUCGAGAAUGGCAGCUAUGGCAACCAGGCUGGCGAGGCCAAGCCUUGAGUUACUGUAUCAAUUAACUUAAUACUUCUUCUAUCCACCACCUGACCUUUAUAGUUUGUGGUUUUUUUUUGGAUGACUGUAGUAUCAUUGUUGUUUAUGAUAAUAUUCUUAUUGUUCGUGGAAACUUAUGUAUGCAAAAUCAUAGGUUAGGCCUUCAAGGGAUAUGUAUUGGUAAACUUUCAUCACAGAUUAGGCCUCCAAGUCCGCAGCCUCUGUGUCACUGAAGGGACUCGUAGCUUGCAGAUAUUUAUGUAACAGUAUGGUGUUAAAACUGGUAUGUAAUAAGUAGUUAUGUAUUCAGUUACUGAUAGCUUGCAGAGAUUUAUGUAACAGUAUGGUGUUAAAACUGGUAUGUAAUAAGUAGUUAUGUAUUCAGUUA